AUGAAAUUAGCGGAAAUUAACGACCGGAAAAUUGUGCCAAAAUCAGUAGAUACCGUACAAAAUCAAUUGGAAGCAAUUCGUCAAGAAUUGGAGCAAGUCCAUCUUAAUGAACGAGGAUCUGAGUUAAUGGAAGAGUUGAUUGACAAAGCUACUAAGAUGAGUAAAGAGUACGUAGAGGUUGAAAGUGAAUCAUUUACAAAAAAAGGCUUGGGAUUAUCAAUCAAUUCUGACAAGCAACCUUGUAAAAAGUCGAAUAUAGACUCUGAUGGUAAGAAACUUCUCAAAAACGAAGAAUCUGAUUCAGAAAGACAGGUUGAGGUUGCGGAGCUCGCCUCCUGUUUUUGUUUUUUGGAUUUUCGUUCUGAUGAUGGUUUGGAUUUUAGUUGUGAUGGUGGUUCUGAUGAUGAUGGUUCAGAUUUUAGUUGUGAUGAUGAUUCUGUUUUUG